AUGGACGACAAGAACGUAGCGACCUGCUUGCUGCGCAUUUUUCGCAACAGCUACGAAAACGUAGUACUUAAGUUGGAGAUGAGCAGCGCGGAACUGCAGACGCAUGACAUUGAGAAGGUGCUCAUGAAUGAGAAUAUCAAGAGACAAGGCGAGAAGAAGACGUCGGUGAACACUGAGGAAGCAAGCAAGACCAUCAGUACCGAGCGUGAGUCUCGCCAGUGUACCUUCUGGAGUAAAAAGGAGCAUACGGUGGACCGAUGCUGGACCAAGCAAAAGAAAGAAAAUCGAGGAGCUCAACGCGGCGGCAAUGCCCGUGGACGCGGAGUCGAUCGAGUUCAGUGGCAGGAAUACAGCAACAACCAUUUCUUCGGCCGAGUGGCGUUUGAUGUUUAG